UCGAGACUGAGGAAAGACUUUACCGCCGCUGCCGCCGCUCCCCUCCCGUCCGGUUUUAAAAGGAUCAUUUAGUGUAAUAACAACCAGUUUUCUCGCGGUUUCACCGGACCUGAACGGCUGUGGAUUCAGUCGUUACUUCCUUCUCUCAGCGGCGUUCAGACUGUUCGUUACCCCGCGGCUGGCGGCUAGCAUCGGUUACCGCUGCUAAACAUGGUGGCCUGUAGGCAAGAAGAAACGAGCCCAGUUUGUGGAUUUUAGAGGGUGUUUUAAAGCCGCUCGGACGGUUCCUCCAGGGGAACACCGCUGCUCUGGACUCAUUACUGCCCUCCUUUUUCAGUUUAAUUUGCCUGUUUAUGGACUUCGACGGGAGACUGCCUCUCUGUUUACGUUGAAACACCAGCAGCAGGCAGCACCGUCCGUGUCUUGCGGACCGUGGAUAAUUGUAGUUUUACUUCAAAAGUUGUCACCAGGCCGCCACAAAGUUUUCCACCCGUUGGGGAAAAGUUGUGAAACGUGCGCUCACGCGUGGGAAAACACGUCAAAUAGCAACACGGUUGUGUUUUAUGACCGCUGGGUUUGUGUGACGGUUGUCCUGACGCUCACACAGCGAUGAAUUGGUGCACAAGUGCAGCUAACUGGAACAGUUUUAUCCUCUGAGAUAGUUUCUUUCAGCAGCCCCCCCUUUGAGGUUUGAUUCACUGUUAAUCUGUGGAUUAUUAUGGAUUAUUAUUAUGGCCUAAUCCACACCGCGCCAGACCGGGAAUUUUUGGAAUAACUGCCGAUGCUGUUCCUGAUGAAGGUGAUGAUGAUGACAGAGAGAAGCGAUGGUUUCCCUUCGUUAUGAUUUUGAGUAGAGAGGAGUUAAUUACAUGGAGACUCGCCUGACAUGCCAAGGAAGGAGUUGCCACUACCUGAGGGUUGGGAGGAAGCCAGAGACUUUGAUGGCAAAGUCUAUUACAUUGACCACAUUAACCAAUGCACCAGCUGGAUCGACCCCAGAGACAGGCAGACGAAGCCUCUGACGUUUGCUGACUGCAUCGGGGAUGAGCUGCCGGUCGGCUGGGAGGAGGCGUACGACCCCGUCGUCGGAGCGUACUAUGUCGACCACAACACCAAGAGCACCCAGCUGGAGGACCCACGGGCCCAGUGGCAGCGGGAGCAGGAGUCCAUGCUGCGGGACUACCUGGCCGUGGCUCGCGAUGCGCUUAGCGCCCAGAAGGAGAUCUACCAGGUGAAGGAGCAGAGGCUCCGCCUGGCGCAGCAGGAGUACCGGCAGCUCAAUGACGCGUGGAGGGACAAGUCGACGUCGCAGACCAGCUUGAACUCCAGAUCGUCCUCGUCCAGCAAGUACGACCCAGACAUCCUGAAAGCAGAAAUAGCCACAGCCAAAAGUCGGGUGAACAAGCUGAAACGGGACCUAGCCUGUAUGAAGCAGGAGCUGCUGUAUAAAGAACAAGGCUUUGAGACCCUUAAAGAGAUUGACCAGAAGGUGUCCAACAGCCCGUAUGGCUACAAGGUGCAGGAGGCGCAGGCCAUCCUCAGCGAGGUCCGCUCCAUCCGAGACGCCAUCAGCUCCGGGGAGAAGGAGAAACAAGAACUCAUGCAGAAACUGGCUGUGUUGAAGGACGGAUUCCAGCUGGACUCGGGGUCCCAACAGGAGCUGUGGGGCAGCAGCCCCUCGCUCGCCAACUCGGAGCUGUCCAUUCCCCGGCUCUACUCCGACGCCGGCUCCCAGACCGACAUCCCGGCCGAGUUCAUGACCAGCACCAACAAACUGGCAGAGAAGGUUCGUCUGAGUCUGAAGUACGAGGAGGCGAAGAGAAGGAUCGCCACCAUCGAGGUUCAGAUCGCCAAACUAGACAGCGAGGCGUGGCCGGGGCUGCUGGACCCAGAGCGAGACCGCCUCAUCCUCAUCAACGAGAAGGAGGAGCUGCUGAAGGAGCUGCAGUACGUCAGCCCCCGCCAGCGCCUCGAGCCCAACGACGCCGAGAAGCUGGAGUCUGAGAAGAAACGUCUGGAGAGAGACCUGCAGGCCGCCAGAGACAACCAGAGCAAGGCUCUGACAGAGAGGCUGCGACUUCACUGCAAGAGGAACAAGCUGGUGAGAGAGCUGGAGGAGAUGGUUCGACUGGCCACAUCACUACAUACUCAACUCAAAAGCCUGUCGGCCAGCACUUUGUCCUGUUCGUCCGGCAGCAGUCGAGGCUCUCUAACAUCCAGCCGUGGCUCGCUGGCUACCACCUCCAGCCUGGGCUCUACCUCCUCCCUCAGCUUCACCGACCUCUACCUGGAGCAGCCCGAGCUGGCGGACCCGGACUUCCAGAACAAGCUGGACAGUCUCCUGCAGGAGGGCGGCCAGGGAGGCUACCGCCCCUCCAGCUCCAUCACCACCAUACACGAGCAUGAAGUGGUGACGGGCUGUGGAGGGAGGGACGCUGGGAAGCCUGAGGGCAAAGCAGGCGGGGUGGGAGGAGAUGCGGGGUGUUCUGCUGGAGGAGGCGCAGGAGGAGGCGGUGGUGUUGGAGUUGAGGUGGGGUCAUCCAGGAUCCAGGCGCUCAGACUAUCGGAAACCCCUCACUCCAUGAGCUCUUUAUCUCCACGGUCGUCUCUUUCCUCGCUGUCUCCGCCGUGCUCGCCGCUGGUCACAGACACUAGUUUCCUUUCUGGAGAGACAUUCGCAGGCCAGACGGGGCCCGGCGGGUUGAGCCUGGACCUGGAGCUCCACAGCAGGCUAGCAGAACUGGAACUCAGCCUGGACUCUCAAGAGCAACUGCAGGAGGAGCACAGGGGUUCCAGGGGUCUGGAGGACAAGCGGAACCACAACAACAGGCUGGGCGAGGAAGUCAAAGAUUCAGCUCCCCAGCUGCGAGGGACGGGGGCGGGGCCAAAGAAGAUGGGGGUGACCUCAGCAGUCUCGGACGAGUCGGUGGCUGGUGAUAGCGGUGUGUACGAGCCUUCAGAGCGCAGGGCGGGCCUCCCUGCAGACCUCCUCCUGGGCUCCUACGAGGAGCGUUUGGCCCUGGGCUGCUCUCAGGUGCAGCUUGGUUUCCGCUACGAGUCCAGAGACCAACGUUUCACCAUCUACAUCAUGCAACUGUCCAACUGCAGCGCCCUCUGUCUGCCGGCUGAUCAGAAAAUGUAUGUGCGCUCGGUGGUGCUGCCCUGCAUGGAGGCCACCCGCUGCCUCUUCCGAACACGUGGCUCGCUGCCUCAGGACGUCGUGGAGGUCAACGAGGUGUUCGGCAUGCAGAUAUCCCACAGUGCACUGCGUCAGAAGACACUGAGGAUCGACGUCUGCAGCACCAGCAAGUCGGGCCACGAGGAGUGUCUGGCAGGAGCUCAGAUCAGCCUGGCUGAUGUCAGCUGUUCGGAGGAGAGAUGCACCAAGUGGUACAACCUGCUGAGCCGCGUCUACAUGCCCGAGAUCAACAACAAGGACGAGGAGAGCCGAGCGGCCGGCGGCUCUGACAGGACUCCGGUGAUUUCCAGUGUUUCCAGAGUCGGAGCUGCCGAGGACGAUGAGUGGCACGGCGAUCCUCUGGAGACAGACGUGUUCGAUGAUGAGGAUGGAAACGGCAUCGAGGGGGUGGGGCCUCCGGAGGAAGAGGAAGAGUUUUAUCCUGAAAGCAGCCAAUGGGAAGCAGAGGAGGAGGAAGAGGAGGAGAAGGUGACCAAACCUCCGGCAGCAGCAGCAGCAGCAGCAGCAGCAGCAAUCACAGAAAAGGUCAACAAGGAGACGAGCAUGGACAGCUUGUUGCCGUCCCACCACUGCUCCGUGGUUCGACCGAAGGAACGUCGACCGGACGUCCACCAGCAGAACCCCUUCAUGAGGGGGAACACCAUCAUCCGCUCAAAGACCUUCUCCCCUGGACCUCAGAGCCAGUACAUCUGCAGGAUAAACCGCAGCGACAGCGACAGCUCCACCCUCUCCAAGAAGUCUCCGUUUGUCAGAAACGCCUCAGAAAGACGCAGCAUGCGCGUGAAGAAGCCUCCCGUGCAGGUUAAAGGUCUGGAUGGUCUCCUGCGGACGUCCCUGGACCUGGAGCUGGACCUGCAGGUGUCUCGGACGCGGCAGGCCCGGCUGGCGCAGGAGCUGCGUGUGCUGCGUGAGCUGAAGACGCAGCUGGAGAAGGCGAGGCAGCAGGGCCAGAGAGAGCUGCCGGCCUGGGUCCAAGAAGACGAACGCUUCCGCCUCCUCCUCAAACAGGCCGAGAAACAGACUCAUGAGGAGCAGCUGCAGGAGAAGCGGGUGGAGAAGAUGAUGAGGGCAGCAGCCAAGGACGUCCACAAGAUCAGGGGCCAGAGCCGCAAAGAGGUCCCCGAGGUCCAGACCUUCAGAGAGAAGAUGGCCUUCUUCACACGAGCGAAGACCAGCAUCCCCGACCUGCCGGCUGACGACGUGUAGAGAAGCAUUUCAAAGUAUUUCCCCUCCUGAGUCUUAACCUGCUGUUCCCAACACAAAUGAAGCAAACGUUUGGCGGUGUCAUGAAGAAUUUUAAAUAAUAAUAAUAUGUUUAGUAGAAAACACUCAAAACCGUGAAGAAACACCUUUUUUAAGAGCUCAGCAUUUCUAAUGUGGAUAGUCCUUAUUUGUAAAUUAGUGAUAGCACUGCUAGAGCUUUUUUUUUAUUAUUAUUUCACUCUCUCGUCCACUCUGUUUAUGGCGUUGUGUUUCUGUUACUAACAGGCUGUUUAUAGGCUCUUAGGUGUUUAAAGUUAUUCCAGCACAAAGUCACACAGCAGCACAUGUGCAUACAAAGAGUUUUGUACUAAAGUGGCACAUUUGGACAGAAAAUCUAUAUGUAUGUUGAUAGCACAAAACAAUACAGAAGGUACUAAAGGAAAAUACGCAUCUUAACUGGAAGAUGAAUCAAGAAUGAACAUCUAAAUUUAAGAUAUUUAAUAUUGAUCUUCAAGUGUAUUUUAGAGCAUUUUGAGAACUUUAUACGCAGACAAACUCUCAGCUCGUCUGCUGUGUACAUUAUUGACAGCACAGAUGGUUUUACAUACAAUUAGCAUCGUCAGCAUGCCUUCUGUUUCAGCUCACAUAACUACGCAUAAUCCGCGAACACGAGAGGAAAACUGGAGCCUGUCUUUGCUUUGCGAACACCACUAAAUUAACUGGAUCUGAUUAUUCAAGAGCGAGUUUUAACGAGCGAGCAGGCGGUGAGAUUCUUCUCGUUUCGGGUCUGAAGCAGGAAGUCGUCCCGGUCGUCUCUCACCGGUUGCACACACUCUCAUCCAAGUCUAGAAACAGCACUAACUCUCACUAACACUCAGGUAGUUGAUUGGAUAGUCUGCACUUUAAUAAACUUGAGGUAAAAGUUUAAAAAUAAAUUGAAAAAAUAAACUUGAUGUGGGUUUUUGGAAAGUAAAAAAAAAAAAAAAGAAGAAGAAUCCUUUGCCUCACGCUGGAAUGAUUAUUGAUUUUUGAGGCACAUGAAGAUUGUCGAGACACACAGGAAGUGAAGAUCAAAUGUAUUUCCAAUGACUGUGAACUUCUUACUGAUUGUAUGAUUAAAAGGAAGUGACGACCCCCCCACCCCCCCACACCAACAACACCACCAAACUGAUCAGCAGCUGCCAGCCAAUAGGACGAUAGCAGACCUACUCUGCUUCUCAAGGCUCCUGAUCUUCACUCUGAUUGGCUGGUUAAAAUCUUUUUUGCCCUGAUAACAUCUGAACACUAUGUUUGGUAUGUUACACUUUUCAUUUCAGACUUCUCGUCCCUUGGGUUUCCGCUCUGUAACUGGACCUUUUACAUGUUGGACUCGCUCUCGUGUGUCUUAGAACUGGAUAUUAGCAUGGUGCCCCAGCAAAACUGAACAUAUCACCUUUGUUUGUUCUUAUCAGCAAGUAAAUCACUCUGUAUAAUGUGAAAGAGGAUCUCUCGCAGGGACUUCACCUGACUCUUCUGUCCCUCUCUGCUCUACAGAACUUACAAAUCCAACAGGACAUUACGUUUUUAAGGAUUUCUUAAUUGUUACGCUGUCAGACUGCGCUAAGUUUGAGAGAUGUGUUAUUUUUAAGGUUACUCUGUGCACUGUAACCUGUCUUCUGCUGUAAAAUCAGCACAGUGACCAAAAAGAUGAGUCUAAUCUAUUGAUGUUUAUUAUAUGUAACUUUUAAAGUAGUCGGCAUAGUGCUGGUGUCCUGUGGGUGCAAGAAGUUUCGAGUUUCGAUUGAGAGACUCGGCGUGAAGACUGAUUAAAUGAAUCGAUAGGAGGAAGUUUUCCCUUCAGGAGACUCUAAACUCUAGAAGUCAUUCCAGGCAGCAUGAAUUAAUAAGUACUUGUGGAGUCGAGCACUUAAGUGACUCCAAAAAAAGUCUUCAGAUAAUUGAAGAUCAUUUCCUCCCUAGAGGCCGUUGGUUUAUAGAUCUAACCUCAACUUUUGCACACUAACCUGGCUGCGAAAUCACAAGACGACAGCGUGUCUUUCUCUUUUUGCUGCAGUGCAGAAGGCGGUAAAAAUUGUUCCUCGUCUGUAUUGUGAUUUUUUUAUUCUGCUCAGUGAAGACUUUCUGACGUCUGACUCUGUUUCCAAGGCAGCCGGACUCAUAAAUCAGCAGCAGACCUCGACUCUGGCACAUCUCUUGUUUGCUGAUUCUUUGUAUUUGCACCUGGAUGUUGAGUCGCUGUUGGAGAAGUUGUCCUUGGUGCUUCUUUUUUUUUUUUCUUUCUCAGCAUUUUCACCUGUGUUAGAGCUUCUCCCUGAAACUUCUCUCUGUUUUGUUGAUAUACCUCAUGUUUGUAGAUGUAAUAUUUGAAACGAUCCUGCUGAUAACUGGACUCGUGCAGAAGACCUGAGAGACCCGAUGAGUUUCAGGUUUUGGUGUCAGACUUUAACCAAUCAUACAGAGAGAAAUCAAUACACAGAGGUCAAUUCAAACACUCGCAGCAGCAGCUGCAGGAGGAGCAGGAAAUAGACCAGAAUGCUUUGCAACAACAAGAGAGGUAUAGUUUCCAGUAAGAGCUGGAAAAGCUUCCUCAUUACGUUGCUACUACCUCAUUUUUUCCCCAGUUUCUUUUUAUAUUUCUUCCUUUUAACGUGUUGUGAUUACAGUACAUUAAGCAUUGAUCUGCAGAGGGGCCGUUGUGAGCAGUUCACAAAACAUUCAGGAAAACAAACAAACCAACAACAAAAUUAAUAAUAGCUAACUCAUAAUAAUAUAUGACAUCGCGACAGUGUGUCAUAUCUGCUGCGAAGGGUCUCUCAGUCAAGACAAUGAAAAGAAAGGAUGUGGCUUGAUGAUGUCGUGAAGUAGCUUUGGAUCAUGGGAGUUGUUGUCUUCAUUGUUAAACAACCACCAUUGCUGGUGAAUAUCUGUCUGACGUGACUCAGGCAGAAACGUCGAUGGACGAGUAUUUAAGUUUGAUUCACGCAUCGUCUGGUGUUUCCCUGCCACCGCUAAUAGGCGACCAAAUGAAACGCACUUUUACUUUGAAUAAAAUUAUUGAUUACUGCAGGUUUUAACAUUGUUGGAAACUUUUGGGAUACUGUGAGUACACAACUCAACAAAAUAUAUAACAGGCGUAGUCGUGUUUAGACAUUUUAAGCGGAAAUGUUACAUAUCAUACGUUUAAGGCUGCACUGUUUCCUGGCUGAAAUCAUGAUGAGCGCGAUGGAAAUAAUCUAAAUAAAUACAACUACACCCAAUAAAAAGGAAUAUCAGGACAGUUUUGCUGCUGAGAUCUAUAGCUGACUCCAGCAAGUCUGAAAAAUGUAGUAAAUGACUAACUGAGGCAGGCAGGUUGAGGGAACUAAACUUAAUAAAUGAAUUACACAGAACAAGAAAACAAAAUGGCAAACUAUCCAACCAAAGCAGGAAAAAACUAAAAGAAAGAUCAGCGAAGAGCAGGUAAAAAGCAGACUGUAUAACAAAAAAGAGAGAUGACAUACGGCAGAGCAGCAGAUCAGAGUACACAGCUCGUCCUCAUACUGAUGAAUAAACGCCGCUUGACUGGAAAGAAAAGCUGAAUCACUGACCGCUGGAGAAGUCAUGAACUGGUCAUCGUUAGUGGUUCGCUUGUUGCUGGGUCACCAUGCUAAACGUGUGUUUUGGGUCAGUUAUGGCACAAACCCUUCAUGUGUUUCCAAACAAGAAUGUCGCUGACACAAACCUAACUGCUGCCGUCUUUCCAGAUGUUUCACUGUUGAACAGCAGCUCAUAAGAGCGCUCAGAUCCAGUGGAGCGUCGACCCACGACCUUUUUCUGGAGUUCAUGUGUUCCCUUUGCUGUCUGUAUGUUUAAGACCAACAGAAGAAGUCGAUUUUGACCUGUUUUCCCCUCCGAUCUGUCUCCACUUCCUGUUCCUAUUUCCCCAUCACCCUUGAAUCCUUUAAAAAGAUCCAAAAAUUAAAACCAGCCUUGUUGUCUGACAAUGAAAUACUGUAAAUCCACAAAAGAAGAAAGUUAGUCACAACACAUUCAGGUAGAAGUAGGAAUGUUUUGCACAAGUGUCGAAGAAUAAUAAAUAUCCCACAAAUACAUAAUAAUCAAACAACACUACAGCUCUUCAUCCUAAAGAUGAAAAGAUAAAAAAAAGAGGUGAAAACUUGAUGGGAACUGAAUCAGAUGCUGUGAGGACGUUCACACUGAGGCUGCGUUCACUCUGCAGGAACUAAACGUUUGAUUCUGGCCGACAUCCGUCUGAACAGUCACAUUCUGAGCUGGACGAUGUACAAAAGAUCAAUACCAAAGAUUUAACACAAACAGAAAUGGUCCAACUCAUGCUUUACCUGCCGGCGUAGCCAUGAGCACCCGAUGAAUUACAUGUUUGUGACACCCGUGACUAGUACAGAGUCAUGUGACCCACGAAUGAAUGCUGAUUGUAGCCUUUCGAACUGAGAUGAAGGCCAGAUGUUAGUGGGUGUUGGUGGGUCAUAUUAGUGUCAAUUUUAUUAGGUGCACCUAAAUACAAUCCAAUACACCUGUUAGCUAGCUAACUAUUAGCUCUAUAAUAAACAUUCUGUAUAAUUGAAUUUUUCUGACAAUGUCAGAAGACCCUCAACUUUAUGAAGUUUGUAAAGGUAGAAUUUAUGGCAGAGCUUUUGUAUUGAAUUGCAUUAGCUUGUACCUAAUAAAGUGGCCACUGAAUGUGUAUUUAGGAUGCCUUUUUAACAUCUGGCCAAACACUGCAGAUGAAAAUGAGCCCGUUGGGGGUUUUUUUUUCAGUUAAUUGAUGAGAAAUGUGUGAUAAAUUCAGAUAAACGAGGCUGCGGCCGCUUGUUAAGACCUCAGCCAGUCUUUGUCUGAGCCUCUCUAUCAGCUAUAUUUAGCAUUCUGAACCACUCAGACUCACGACUGAUCCCGAACUCACCAUGAACUUCAGUUCUUUGUUAUUUUCCUCCAGUCUCGCCUGUCUCUGUACAUUCAUGGGGUCACGACGCGUCGGGAUAAGCACAUAUUUUUUCAAAACUUUGUCAACAGAGGCGUCUUUUUUUUCCACAAUUCAAGGUGUAGACACUGAACGCCUCACCUCCGGUCCACUAAAUCGCCCCGUCGUCAUGCCAAACUGGAGCAACAUAAAAGAUGUGAUGAAUGAAUGAAUUCUGAUCCGACUGUUCAGACAGAGGUCACGCUGCCAUAAAUCAAUUUGUAUCCGAUUGAGGACCACAUAUAAGAGUCACAACAAAAAAAUGUCACUCUUGUUUAUUUUCUGUUUUUGUAGUUAUUGGAAAAUACAAGGUAAACAUAUGCAGUCAGAUGCGGUUUCCUGCAGCGUGAAUGCCGCGGCGUACUCUGACGGGGCUGAGGGUUUUACCGUAGCAGGAACACUGUGAAGCGAAUGAAAGCCUUUGGAGUUAAAUGAGAGAGUGUGCCUUUGGAGAGCAACGUGUAAACUGUUAUCUUUUCUGUCUUUUUGUUGUCUUAAAUGUCCAAACCUGGCCGCCAUCGUCUGAUCAGAGAGAAGCUGGAAAUGUCGAGACGUUUGCAUUAAUUUUCUUAAUGUGAACCAUGUCUGUUUUCCUCCAGAGCGAGUAGUUCUCAAGAAUAGGACUCUGUGUAGUGUGAGGAUCAGUACUGUGUGUUUUAAAGUCCAUGAUCGAUUGUUGUUUAACCUCUAAAUCAACUGAUUUAUAUAUAAAUAACAUCUGGAUGAAGGAAUGUAGGUUUUUGCUACGAGAAAUCACGAUCAUUCAGAGAAAAAAACAAAUGCUGUUAGUCACAAAUAUUGUUUUUUCAUCAUGUAGGUUGUGAUAUAAUUGUUUGUUUUCUCAAGUUCAAGUGCAUUUUUUUCUUUCUCAUUUGAUUAUUGGUUUUGUUUUGUUUUUUUUUCUAAUGAAUCUGUUUGUAUUACGACUGGUGAUGAACCUGGUAAUGUGUAAGGAGGCGGCUAUGAGAAACAUACAGCAUGUAUUUAUUGCACUUUGUGAUUUGGGUGUGCUUUUCCUGUUUUUCUUUUUAUCGCGAGAGUCCCGAAAAGCUGUGAAUUUUAUUCUCAGACACUGUACUGUCGACCAGAGUUGUAAAUAUUUCACCAGCACAAAAAACCAAACAAACAAUAUGUUUUGUAGUUUCACAACAAAUAAAAAAAAAAGUUCUUCUCUUCUA